AUGGCCGCGCUGUUACCAGCUAGGACGCUCAACAGUGGGCCGACAAACUCGAUGUAUGACUCUGCGUUCUUGGUCAAGGAACAGAAAGGGGUGGCGAGGGAUGGGAAGGAGACUGAGGAAAGGGAGAACAUUUCGGUCGUUGUUAUUUGGUGGCACCACUCCAGACUGUGGUAUGCUCCUCGCUCUAUCGGCCCCAAACCCUCAUCUUCCUCUGGCAAAGUCACAAUAGGCCCGGACUACGUCGGUCACCGCGUCCAACAGUCCGCCACCGUAUUUGGCGGGACCACACCACCGCGACAGAUUACGCUGUCUAGGCACAAAAGCUCGGCGGUCAACUCUGAAUUUACUCUCCCUGCCUCAGUUCAUGCUAUGCUGGAGAGAUUGAUUGAUACGAUGAAGACGAAUGCGGAGGACGUGACAGUGUUGCUCGUGGGUAGCAGUGCGGUCUUGGUUCCGGUGGAUGAGGGGGAGAGCGCGAGUGCGGAGUUUGCGGGGUGGCGAAUGAGAUUGGGACUGGUGCCUUGGUAUGAUAUGUGCAGUAUGUGGCGAAUAAGUCGAGAGUCAUCGUUCAAGAAGUGGGAAUGCAUCAUUUCGGAGGUGGAUCUCGAGUGGAUCAGUGCCGGAUGUUACAUUCUUGGAACUGCCCGUUACUCCCUUCAAGAAGUGACGACUCCGCGAGGCAAACUUCAUAUCCCUCACUCUAGACUAUGCCUUUUUGCCGAAGCAGCUGAUGCUUCAAAGUAUGGAACUCCCUUGUUCAUUGGCCCUGCUACUCCACCUGUACAUCGCUUGUAUUAUAGCUAA